CGCGGCUGCUGCUGGAGAGCCAACGGCGGGCGGCGGUACCCGAGGCCGAGCGCGUCGGCGCCCGAAGCGCAAGCAGCGGGCAAGGCGAGGCGGCCUGCGGCCCGGCGGGCACCGGGAGGCGCAGCCGGCUUGGGAAGUAGGCGGCAGCGGCAGCUGGCUGGCGGCGGCGACGAAGAUGCUGCCUGGGAGGCUCUGCUGGGUGCCGCUCCUGCUGGCGCUGGGCGUGGGGAGCGGCAGCGGCGGCGGCGGCGGCGGCGGCGGGGGCAGCCGGCGGCGCCGCCUCCUCGCGGCUAAAGUCAACAAGCACAAGCCAUGGAUCGAGACUUCAUAUCAUGGAGUGAUUACUGAGAAUAAUGACACCGUCAUUCUGGACCCACCCCUGGUAGCCCUGGACAAAGAUGCACCGGUUCCUUUUGCAGGGGAAAUUUGUGCGUUCAAGAUCCAUGGCCAGGAGCUGCCCUUUGAGGCCGUGGUGCUCAACAAGACGUCGGGAGAGGGCCGGCUCCGAGCCAAGAGCCCCAUCGACUGUGAGCUGCAGAAGGAGUACACAUUCAUCAUCCAGGCGUACGACUGUGGCGCAGGGCCCCGGGAGACCGCCUGGAAGAAGUCACACAAGGCUGUGGUCCAUAUCCAGGUGAAGGAUGUCAAUGAAUUUGCUCCCACCUUCAAAGAGCCGGCCUACAAGGCCAUUGUGACAGAGGGCAAGAUCUACGACAGCCUCCUGCAGGUGGAGGCCGUUGACGAGGACUGCUCCCCCCAGUACAGUCAGAUUUGCAACUACGAGAUCGUCACAACUGAUGUGCCUUUUGCCAUCGACAGAAAUGGCAACAUCAGAAACACCGAGAAGCUGAGCUAUGACAAGCAACACCAGUACGAGAUCCUGGUGACUGCCUACGACUGUGGACAGAAGCCCGCUGCUCAGGACACCUUGGUGCAGGUGGACGUGAAGCCAGUUUGCAAGCCUGGUUGGCAAGACUGGACCAAGAGGAUUGAGUAUCAGCCUGGCUCGGGGAGUGUACCCCUGUUUCCUAGCAUCCACCUGGAGACGUGUGAGGGGGCCGUGUCCUCCAUUCAGAUCACCACAGAGCUGCAGACCAAUUACAUUGGGAAGGGAUGUGACCGGGAGACCUACUCAGAGAAGUCCCUUCAGAAAUUAUGUGGAGCCUCCUCUGGCAUCAUCGACCUCUUGCCAUCUCCCAGCGCUGCCACCAACUGGACCGCAGGCCUGCUGGUGGACAGCAGCGAGAUGAUCUUCAAGUUUGAUGGCCGGCAGGGUGCCAAGAUCCCUGAUGGGAUUGUGCCCAAGAACUUGACGGACCAGUUCACCAUCACCAUGUGGAUGAAGCAUGGUCCCAGCCCUGGCGUGAGAGCCGAGAAGGAAACGAUCCUCUGCAACUCAGAUAAAACUGAAAUGAACCGGCACCACUAUGCCCUGUACGUGCACAACUGCCGCCUCGUCUUCCUCUUGCGGAAAGACUUCGACCAGGCUGACACCUUCCGGCCUGCGGAGUUCCACUGGAAGCUGGACCAGAUUUGUGACAAAGAGUGGCAUUACUAUGUCAUCAAUGUGGAGUUUCCUGUGGUUACCUUGUACAUGGAUGGAGCAACAUAUGAACCAUACCUGGUGACCAACGAUUGGCCCAUUCAUCCGUCUCACAUCGCCAUGCAACUUACCGUCGGCGCAUGUUGGCAAGGAGGAGAAGUCACCAAACCACGGUUUGCUCAAUUCUUCCAUGGCAGCCUGGCCAGUCUCACCAUCCGCCCUGGAAAAAUGGAGAGUCAGAAGGUGAUUUCCUGCCUGCAGGCCUGCAAGGAAGGGCUGGAUAUUAAUUCCUUGGAAAGCCUCGGCCAAGGGAUAAAGUAUCACUUCAACCCCUCGCAGUCCAUCCUGGUGAUGGAAGGUGAUGACAUCGGGAACAUCAACCAUGCCCUCCAGAAGGUCUCCUACAUCAACUCCAGGCAGUUCCCGACCGCGGGUGUGCGGCGCCUGAAAGUCUCUUCCAAAGUCCAGUGCUUCGGGGAAGAUGUGUGUAUCAGCAUCCCGGACGUGGACGCCUACGUGAUGGUGCUGCAGGCCAUCGAGCCCCAGAUCACCCUCCGUGGCACCGACCGCUUCUGGAGACCCGCUGCCCAGUUCGCAAGUGCCCGCGGAGUGAUCCUCUUCCCCGACAUCAAGAUCGUGAGCACCUUCGCCAAAGCCGAGGCCCCAGGUGACUUGAAGACCACAGCCCCCAAACCUGCUGUCUUAGAAGAGAUGCUUCACAACUUAGAUUUCUGUGACAUUUUGGUGCUGGGAGGGGACUUGGACCCAAGACAGGAGUGCUUGGAGCUUAACCACAGCGAGCUCCACCAGCGACACCUGGACGCCACCAACUCCACUGCAGGCUACUCCAUCUACGGUGUGGGCUCCAUGAGCCGUUAUGAGCAAGUGCUGCGUCACAUCCGCUACCGCAACUGGCACCCGGCUUCCCUCGAGGCCCGGCGCUUCAGGAUCAAGUGCUCAGAACUUAAUGGGCGUUACACCAGCAAUGGGUUCAACUUGGAGGUCAGCGUCCUCCAUGAGGCCAGAGUGUCAGACAGGGAGCAUGUCAACCACCUUAUCGUGCAGCCUCCCUUCCUCCAGUCCGUCCACCACCCUGAGUCCCGGAGUAGCUUCCAGCACAGUUCAGUGGUGCCAAGCAUCGCCACAGUGGUCGUCGUCAUCUCCGUGUGCAUGCUGGUGUUUGUCGUGGCCAUGGGCGUGUACCGGGUCCGGAGCACCCAUCAGCACUUCCCCCGGGAGACGGAGGCUGCCAAGGAGGCCGAAAUGGAGUGGGACGACUGUGCACUCACUAUCACAGUCAACCCGAUGGAGAAACACGAAGCGUCAGGGCGUGGGGAAGAUGAGACUGAGGAAGAGGAGGAGGAAGAGGAGGUAGAGGAAGACAUAAGCUCCAGCAGCAGCGGCGCAGACGACAGCGACGAGGAGGAGAUGGAAGAAGGGACGGGCAGGGGCAGACACGGGCAGAGUGGAGCCAGGCAAGCCCAGCUGGAGUGGGAUGACUCCACCCUCCCCUACUAGCGCCCAGCUGUCUGGGCCCGCCCACCUGUCCCUUUUGUAAGCCCCCCCGAUGUAUGCCGAGUCUGUCACCAUCACCUCUGAUUUCUAUGCCAGUGUGGGCAGGCCUUCCCCUCUCUCCUGGAACCUGCCUACACAGCCCGGGCACUCCUGUGUGCCAGUCCUGGGGUGGUUCCAAGAAGCCCAGUGUCAUCCUCAAUGGGUGGGCUUCGUCCUGCUCCUCCCCUGGGCCCUCCAGCAUCCUGUCAGCCAGUCCACAGAGCUCUGCCUGUGCUCGUCUCUGCAGGGGAGAAGGGCAGCCUCUGUGUCACUCACCUCCCCCAGGGUCCGUGUUCCCCAGACCCUUGGUCUGCAGCUCACAGCGGGUACCUGACUCAGUCAUCUCUGCACACAGACCCGCAGGUUCUCCUUACCUGACUCUCCAGGGGGCUUCAUUCAGGCAGCUGGUCAGAUGUCACAUACCUGAGGUCUUGGUCCUUAACACUUUAACGAAAAUCCUUGUCGAGGCAGAAUUAAGUUCACAGGGAGAGGUUCACACAUACACACUCGCCCCCGUUUGGAAAGUCUUUCCCUUUGAAUUUUCUGAGGUCACAUAAACUGAUACAAAAAGUCUGAAACCGUGGCCACAGCUGGACCUGGUCACCACCCAAAGCUAUCUGAGUCUGCCUGUCUGGGCAGCUGCUGAAACCACCAUGACUGCCCUGCUCACCGAGCAGGAAGCAUAGGAUCCAGGAAACCUUCCACACAGGUACUGCCCCCAGGUGACAGCGGUGACAAGCCUGCAGCCAGGGAUCAGAAGGAAGGGCUCAUGAGGUGACAUCACGGGCUUCAUGGUGGGCUCACAUCUGGGAGACGGGGGUGGCUGGGCUCUCCCAGGCCAGAGGGUGACCCGAGCUUGGCAAGGCUCUCACCACCUGGGCGUAGAGUCCGUCGUCCCGCAUUUCAGACUGGUUUGCCUCUUAAGAAAAUACAUUCUUCUUGGAUGUAUUAGAACAAGCGGGAACUGCAUCAAGUCUAAAAUGAAAGUUUGGAAAUGUAACUGCUAGGAAUUCGCAGCAUAUAUGCGAUAAUAACAGCUGCUGCUUUCUUAUAAAAAGAGCAAUGCUUUGGGUGGAGGGCAAACGUAACUGAAAACUUGAUUUAUUUAUUUAUUUUUUUUAAUAAGGAAAUCUUUUCCAUCUCCUUCCUAACAUGGACACCUCAUGAGGAGAAGUGUUGCUAUAGUAACUGGUCUGUGAUCUUUUGUGGCCAAGAGAAUAGCAGGCAAGAAUUAGGGCCAUUAUAGGACUUCCUGUCUCGGGCUCUGUCCUCAGGAUGUGUGAUCUGUCCCUGUGCUGCCAACUGCCCUCAGCCCUGCCCAUAUUGGCUUGGCACAGGCACGGAGCUGGUCCCUAGUCACAGUGGCAUUCAGGUUCAAAAGCUGGUUCAGAAUCUGUUCCUUCUACUCCUUGUGUCAUUGAAACAGUGCUUAUGAAGGGAGACUGCUGUCAAGUCCUCUUGUCUGACCUUCACCCAGGGAGGACCCAUGAUGGGCCUUUGUGACCUUCUGAUUCCAGAAAACUCCCGUAUGCAGUUUUUUCCAUCGCCUCAAGUGUUGUUUUGCACCUGUUUGCUCAUUGGAUCCUCGCAAUAGUUCUGUGAGGUAGUUGGGACAUCUAUUCUCGGGCAUAUUUUCAUUAUGAGUAAACUGAGGUUCAGAGACUCAAGCGGGAACUGCUUGGGGCAUUCAGAGAUAUACAAGAUUAGACUCCCCAGUUUCCACUCCUGGUCCUGAGCCCACCAUCCUGAUUCUACUUAGGUUCACAUUUACGCAGCUGACAGGCAUUGCUGAGGACCUACUAUGUGCUGUGAACUCGACCAGCAGCUGUAAGAAAAGGUUAAAGCUGAAUAAGAUAAGCACCUUCCCUCAGAGGACGAGAUGGUGGCAGAGGAGAAACAAAGGGGCAUAGAAAUUACACAAGGGAGUGAGAAAAGUCACAGGAAGAAGAGAGGGGCAUUCACAAACCCCACCAGUGCUCUCCUUUUCCCUUCUUAGGGAAAAACGCUGGCAGAAGUGUGAGGUUUUAUAGUCAUUGAAUGGAAAUAGACACUUCGGGGAAUUCUCCCCACCAAAUAUCCUUUUAUUACCAGGCUGUGCCUGCACAUCUACAAGGAGAAAAUCUGUAGGACUGCAUUGUCCUCACUGUCCCUUUAGUUAAAUAAAAAGAGAUUCUAGGAGCUAACAGAAUUCUCCCAAAAUUAUGGCAGUAAAAUGAAUACUUUUAUGUUUAAAACCAAUUCUUUCUGAAUUGAACUUUGAUUUAAAAUAUGUAAAGUAAGUCCAGCAUUCAUGCGAGCGCUUUUCCGUGCUCAGUCUUUCGGUUUGGCUGGGAUUGGGAAAGUGUUUUUUAUUCUCUGGCUAUCUCCGAUGGCUGCAUCGCUUAUUCAUGGUUGAGUGAGCUGUUUGGGGCAUGUAACACCUUUGUGUGUUUGGGGGUCGUGGCGGGGAGGGAGCAGGGGAAAGUGGCACUUGGCUGGGGCAUCAGAAUGGUGGAGCAGACUCAUCGAGAAACAACAGGGUCAAGUCCGAGCCAUUUCCAUCCGCUCCUGCGGUGGGGGGUCGCACUGCAUGCCAGUUCAGAGAGGAGACACUGGGAAUGGUGCUGCUGGUCCAAGGGCAUUUGUCGUGUUCCCAAUACCCUACUCCUCCCCACGGUGAGAACAGAAGGGGAGGUUAUGUAAAAGCAGCAGAAGCAUCAGGGCUGAUCCAGGUGAGUGGAGAGUAAUGUCACUUGCCCUCCACCAAAUAUUCUAACCACAAGUGGAAAAUGUCAUUAAUCAGCCCAGCAUUUUCCAGGCUCCAUAUGCCGGUGUCUGGGAACUAGAACUCCCAGGUGACCCGGACACACCAUGGCCUCUCAUCCAGACGUCAGCAACGGCAGAUGCAGAUUUGAACCCGGGAAGAACAGCUGACCGGUUUGGCCAGAAGCCAGACCAUUGCUUAUCUCGCCAAGUGCAUGAUCAGAUUCUGCUCUCUGAAGCUUGAAAAUAGAUCGACUGACACCUCUCAAGUAAGUCAGGUGAUAGGGAGGAGGAGGAAGAGGAGGUUGAGAUGGAAAAGGCCAGCGCAGAAUGAGUUACACCAGUGGAGUCAAGCAAUCAACAAGCUGGCCACCUGCUUUAAAGAAUGCUAAAAGUAUAUUCUAGUAGGUUUAAUCAAAUGCUAUACAUCUGACCAAGGCCCAAUCACAGAAAUGUGAUUUCAGUGGGAUCUCUUUUCAUGACUACUUUCUUGAACGUAUUCAGUCAUCUAUGGAGCAGGGCUGAGGCCACACACCUGUGCAUGUAGCAAGGGCUACACCUUGUGGAUACGGACCCUCCGGGGAGAGGGCUUGUCAGGCAGGGACUCUAGUCCUUCUCCCUACGUAAGAACGCAGGAUACAUGAGGCCAAAAAGGAACACCCACGGAGCCAUAGAUAGGGGAGUCAUACCACUAUAGUCUCGCUGGCGGCUGGUUGGAGACACAGGAAGCAGGAGCCACACGAUCCGCAACCUGCCGUCUGCUUCUCUGCCAAACAACCAACACUCCAACGUAGCCACAGUAGUUAUAUUAGUGGCUAAUGUUUAUAAUUAGUGGCUUAUGUUUAAAACCAAUUCUUUCUGAAUUGGACUUUGAUUUAAGAUAUGUAAAGUAAGUCCAGCAUUCAUGAGCGCUUUUCCCUGCUCAGUCUUUCGGUUUGGUUGGGAUUGGGAACCAGUAACAGCUGAUGGCCAACCAGCCACAGCGCAUGGCCAUCUGAUUACAGCUGAUGGCCAUUUACUACCCGAGCCAGCACCUUUCCACGUGAGGCCGAGAGCCUGGAAACUGCUCUCCUGGCUCUGUCCCCACAGGGCUCCUCCUGGUGGGGAGUAGCAUUCUCCAUUCCUAUACAUGUGGCAGGGCUCGGCAAACUUUAUUGUAAAGAGCUAGAUCGCAAAUGUUUAGGGCUUUGCAAGCCAUAUGGUCUCUGUUGCAAACAUUCAAUUCUGCCCUUGUAGCAUGAAACCAGCCACAGACAAUACUUAAACAAAUGAAUAUGGCUAUGUUCAAAAAAAAAAAAAAGCUUUAUUUAUGAACACUAAAAAGAAACCAGCCCAGUUGAAUUCAUAUUUUCACAUCUCACGAAAUUUUAUUCCUCUUGAUUUUUAUUUUUAACUAUUUAAAAAUGGAAAACCCUUCCUGAUCCCAUGGGCCAUGGAAAAAACUAGCAGCCAGCCAGAUUUGGCCCUUGGGCCAUAGUUUGCACACCCAUACCCUAUGUGCAUGAAAAGCAGCCCUCUGUCUCCUGAGGGAAAGCAAAUUGCUAUCUUAGACUCUUCCUUAAACUACCCAGUGGUCUUUGCCUCCGAAAUGAACAACCAGCAACACCCCGGUCUUUAAUUAAGCUGUUUUAAAAGUCCAUGUUCUGGGGGAAAAUGAAAACAAAGAACACUUGUUCCUUGUUGAAUUGACUCAAAUGCAGGCAAGCAUCCCUCAAGAGCUGCAGGCCCCAAGUCCCGGACCGACCUGAGUGCUCACCUCACAGAGCUAAGGAAGGGCUCACUCCCAGGCCCCAGGCCUUCUCUGCAAGACCCACCCAGAAUGAUUUCUAAGUAGGAGUGUUCAUUAUCUCAGAAUGAUUUUUCUAUUCCAGCCCGGCUCAUGCCAUCGCUCUAAAAAUGAUCCUAAAGAUUUGUGACUGUAAUAAUCAAUAGCAACCUAAUCAGGAGAAAGCCCGACCCAGCACACUUCAAAAUUAGCAGUCUUCUUGGCUUUCUGAUUCGAUAUUAACAAGAGGAAGAAAGGAAAGACUUUUUCUUAACCAUCCCCUCAUUUCAAUGAACCCAAUCGGUGUUACCAAAAAAGUGAGGGAGGGGGUGUCAUUCUUUGGAAGAAUUUACCAGUGCCAAGUAGGUAUUUUUCAGGCAGGAUAAUUCUCAGGCCUUUGGAGGAUGCCCAAAGCCUCCUGCAGUGUACUCCGGCGUGGUGCUGCUGAUGGUACACGAGUCUCUAUCUACAUCAGACAUUUAUCGAGGCUGACAGGCCAAAGCCCUUGGCACAAUUUAAUUUUCAUGUAACCGCUUUCUGUUGUCCAGCUGCAGACAAAGGAAAUGAGCAAUGAAAGUUUUGAAGUCUGCUCCAGCAUCUUCAUUUUCCUGUCUUUAUUUGCCUUGCUUUGUAAAUUUAUUCUGUACCUGCUUUAUAGAUCUUGCUCUAGUUUUCCUUUUGGCACCAACUUGAAAGGAGAGUUGGCCUCACAAGGGCUAUGGCCUUACAAAGCCAGACUUGACUAUCCCAGGGAGACAAAAAGAGACAAAAGAAGUUACCUCCACCAGCACCCCAGAAACCUACCAGAUAGUUCCUGUAUGCCAUCAGUGAACAGAUGGGAUUCUGCGUUUGCAGCUGUGUUCGAUGUAAUUCAGCAAAUCCUUGCUGAGGGCCAGAGGUGUGCCAGGAACAGGGGAAGGGAGGAUGAGUGAGGUGUGGUCCUGCCCAUGAGGACCUCCUGGUCUGGCAAGGUGUUGGGGUGCUUCCUUUGCAGUGCUGGAGGCUGUCUGUGAGGAGUCAGAACUGCUGGGGACAGGAGUUUGGGGUUGACAGAGAUGGGGUGACUUGCUUUGGCCGUUCUCCACCCUGACUCAGGUGGUAGGACACACAUUGCUGAGCCAACCGAGGUGCUCUCUAGGGGAGCAGGCAAUGCCUCUCUCCAUGUUUCUUCUACCCCAGUCUGACUCAGUUCACUUGUGGAUGAAAGCCAGACAUCCCGUCUACUGGGCCAAAAUAACGUGGCUGAGAUUCAGUGAAACUAGGCCAAAGGAAGUUCUUAAGGAUGAAUGCACAGCAGGCAGGCAGACCUCGAAGUUGCAAAGGGCGACCUAGAUAGAGGGCUGGCAUGAGCCACCACCCAAAGCCACGAAACAGCCUGACGUGAGGGAGCACCGCAGAGGCCGCAGGUCAAAGCUGAAGAGGGAAAAGGGCCUGACUUCCGAGGGUUCACGCCUGACUGUGGUGCAGAGGUUCUCGAGGUGCAUUCCUGGACCAGCAGCAGCAGCAGCACCUGACAAUGAAUGAGAAAUGCAGAUUCUCAGGCCCCACCCAUAACCCACUGAACCAGGAACUCCAGGGAUGGGGCCCAGAUGGACAAUAGAAAGUGGUUACAUCUGUGUUUUAAUGAGCUUUCUGAUUCUGAUGGCCACUAAGGUUUGAGAACCACUGAUGUGGAGGAUGAGGAGACUGACAAGCUGGCUUUGGGAGGAGACUAUUAACAAGAUAAAAUCAUCGACUUCUAGUGCACCGUGAGGAGAGCGGGCAAAGCAGAGAAGCCCACACACCCUCCAGGGCCCUCCGAGCUCCAGUCCGUACUCUAGGAAACAGUGGUUUCAGAGAACCCUGGUCCUAGUCCCAGUUCCACUCCUGCCCUUGGGCUUGAGUCACUUCCUGCCGGUCUGCCCCCUUUCACCCUGGAGAGGGACACAGCCCAUUCCCCUCCAGAUGAGAGAUACAUUCCUGGUCCUCUCAGCAGCCUCCUUGCCGAGCACUCCCCAAGGCCCUAGAGGACACCUCCAUUUCUCCAGCCCAGCCUGGAAAAAGUCUUCUGAUUAAAUGUCCAACCAAUCUUCUGAGACCACAAAGGUCGUAUCGAGAAUAACUCAUCUCUAACAGAUUAUAACAUGCUAACAAGAACAAAGAGGGCUUGCCAGUUGCUUGCGGGUGAGAGAGCUUGGGAAAACCAGACCCAAGAGGAGGUAAGAUGCUUCUUCGUGCCACUUAGACCCAGAAGAGUUUUUUCUUUACUGCCUGGCCUCUCUUCGUGAAUUCUCAAAAGAAACAUUUCUUUCCCAAGACCUUAAGCCAAUUGUAUGUGUUUCCCUGCAGCUAGUCAUUUAUUGCUAAUGCCUCCUAUGGGACAAAAGGACAAGGAAUGGGAUGUCAGGCCGCUGAUGGAGAGACCUUUGGUCGUUCUGGAAGCAGAGUGAGCUCUGCUCGCAUUGCCAGGCCUGGAUCUGUGCAGGCAGAUAAAACAGGAAGACAUUAUGGACUGAGGGUGAGGAGCUCAGAUCCAGCCAGGACACCAGGUGGACUGAGUGAGCAGUGAGAGAGAGGGCUUUCAUUAGGAAGGUACAGGUGAGAUAUGCAUGCUGUCUCCCUGACAGACCCUAUAUGCCAUUUACAUUUGUCAGAAAUGCAAAGAGAAC